AUGAUCGGUGGCAUCUUCGUGGCCUGCGCUGAUUUGAACGGCUACUCGUUCGUGAACGAGAUGGUGGGCAACGCGAGUGGUGCUGCGGUUGUCCUGGUGGCGGAAGGCGAGGACGAGGAAGAAGAAAAGGAGGAAUCUUGCGAGGUGACAGGCGCGCGGGCCGCCUGCUGGUGCCUCGGCUCCGCGCUGCGCUGCGCUGGCGUGGGGCUGUCCGCCGUGCCCACCGGCUUGUCACCAGACCUCACACACAUGAACCUGGAUGACAAUGGUCUCGAGUUUCUUCCACCUGGACUAUUCGACGGGCAGACACAACUGGAAAGAUUGUACCUGUCGGACAACGCGCUGCGGGGCGACAGCGUGCCGCAGCUGUCGCAGCUGUCCUCGCUGCUGUGGCUCUUCCUGGACGGCAACCGCCUACACCACGUUCGCCUGCAGCACUUGGCCGGCCUGCGCAGCCUCGUCUGGUUGUAA